UGGAACUGAACGAGAUUGGCUUCAGAUUUGUCCGGAAAUGCAUCAAUGCAGUAGAGACAAAUGGAAUUGCCACGGAAGGGAUCUAUCGCACCGUUGGGAGCAAUAUCCAAGUCCAGAAGCUCUUGAAUGCCUUCUUUGAUCCUAAGUGCCCGGGGGAUGUGGAUUUCCAGAGCAAUGACUGGGACAUCAAGACUAUUACUAGCUCCUUGAAGUUCUACCUGAGGAACCUCUCUGAACCUGUCAUGACAUACAAGCUUCACAAAGAAUUGGUCUUAGCUGCCAGGGGCAGUUCCAAGUCCUCCUUCAAGGAGUUUCCCCCUGCCUGCUCUCUGUCUCUUCUGCCCUUCCCUUUGCUGAACCACUCUGUUUUCUCUCCUUCUCCCGACAGUGUGUGUGAACACAGCAGGGAGAAUCUCAUGUCCCCCUCCAACAUGGGGGUGAUCUUUGGCCCCACCCUCAUGCGUGCACAAGAGGACACGGUUGCGGCGAUGAUGAAUAUUAAGUUCCAGAACAUCGUGGUGGAGAUUCUCAUCGAGCACUUUAACAAGAUCUAUUCGGGGCCUCCUGAAGACAAUGCUGCACCCCCUAUCCCACCUCCUCGGGUAGCCACUCGAAGGCAUAAGCCCAUCACCAUUUCCAAGCGCCCCCUGAGAGAGAGACCCCUCUUCUUUGGAGGGUCUAUGGAAGAAAGCGAAGAGGACAGCUGUGACCGGACCCCGAAUGGCGUAAUAGCUGCCAUCAGCCCUGAUGUUCCGAAACCACUCCAGCGUAGCCGACUACAGAGGCCGGGAGAGCCUGAUCCAGGAAGGCCCAGCCCAGACAACCGUGGAACUGGGGAACCCUGUGCAGAGGUGGAUGUAGGAAGGCUGGUGUCCAGGCUCCAAGAAGGAGGAGCCAAACUCUCCAGUAAAUCUGCCAACAGCCUCGGGCCAACUCCCAAUUCCGUGAAGGCCUCCAACCUACACCCCAAGAAGCCUGCUCCAAGGCCUGGGGCUGGCUGCAAAGAAGGUGAAUAUGAAAGCUUCACUAAAGCACGGCUUCCUGGCGAGAAACCAGUCAUCACGCGACCUCCAAUGCGACCCCCAGAUCCUCCCUGCAAAGCUCCUGUGCCACAGAAGGUGGAGGCCAAGGCAGACCUGGCAGUGGGAACAGCAGCAGAAGCCCCCUCUUCAGUGGUGGCGUCCAGGGCAAAGUUCUUUGAGACAGCUUCCUUCAGGAGAACAAGUUCUUCCUGUCCCCAGGGCAGAUCCCCAAAUGAGGAGGGAUGAAAGGCCCCAGUCUUCUGCAUGGCUGAGCCUGGAUCACGGAUUUGCAACACACGGCGUGUUGCUCUGUAAAUCAGCUCUUUCCAACCCCGCCUUUCAGCAUGCCGUCGUGAACAUCUUGCAAUGUUGUAAGAGAAGCAGAGACAUCCUUGGGAGGGACCAUAGUUCCACCUGCUACUGUAAGAGUUCAAAAAGACAGAGCAACAAUCGGGCCUUCCGCUCCUUCUCCUCCUCCUCUUCAGAAAGUGCUGCUUUCCCCAUGAAGCGUUUGGUAGCAGCUGACUUGGAGCAGCCAAAGAGGGGCCCAUCGGGAGGGGAGGCCCGUCCACCACCUCUGGCCUCUUUUGGGGUCCCUCUUGAAGAGCUGCUACCUGGAUCUAGGAACUGGGCUGCAAGCAGCUUCUGUGCCACAGAAGUUUUCUGGCUGGGUGGCUCCAAAUGUAUCACAUUGUGUUGUUUUUUUUUCUUUUCAAAAACUGAGAUUUUGUGCCCCCGCCGUAUGGAGGGCAGGCAUGGGGUUAGCUAUUAACUCAUAAAAGGCUGAAAACAUUCCCAGUAAGACCUCCACACCUCUUAUUGGUUGUGCUUGCACAACCAGCCAAUACUCCGGAGCGUGAAUGGCAGGAGGAAGGAUUUUGAAGCCAGAUGCUCCAGCCCCCCAAAGGGAAAUGGUACCGAAAUUGGAAGUAGAAACCCCAAUGGUGCCCCUCUGUGAGGCUAGUUUCCCUUAAAGUCCAAAGCAGCUUCAGGACAUUCCAGGUAGUUUCAUCUUUUGCCAGACCACAUUCCGCUCUCCCACCUUGACCUAUUUCCUCCCCAAAGGGCCCUUCCUGCUUGCCGUAGAGUGAGAUGAGAGCCUGCAUUUAGAUCUGCUUUUAUUCAACCGGCAGCCAAAGGAAGAAAGAGAUGCUGUGGUUGUAGUUGUGUGCCUGCCUGCCUGCCUGCCUGCCUGCUUGUGCUUGUGUGCACGUCUCUCUGCCUCAGGCAUCUGACAGCUUCUGUAGCUCCACUUUGGAUCCCUGCAGAGUCUCUGGACAGGCCCCUCUCCAGGAUUCCCCAUUCCACAAACUGGCAAUUGGUUCUUUCCUAGAAACUUGGAUAAAGCACUUACCUGAAUACUUUUGCACCAGAGGUUUCAGUUCAACUUGUAAAUGUCUCUGAGGACCAGGGUAGAAACCCUCCAGCUAGCACAUUUUAGCCAUGCUUUGCAGAUGCAAGAAAUAAAUGAACUUUUGAGAGUGGCCCGGGAUUGGCAGAUUUCGGGCCCGUUCAUUUGUCUUUAGAAAUAAGCUUGAUACUUGUACCACCCACCACACUCCCAAUGUACCACCAGAUAAAUAAUUAUUUCCACAGAAGUCGUCAGGAAAUGCCAUAUUGAUAUUUAACAUGCCUUGAGGGGUAAAGAAAGUGAUGUAUAUGCUUUCUUCCUAUGUUUUUGUUACUGGUGCCAUCCAACGCUCAUUUGAACUCCCCAAAGUUGCUGAUCAAAUACAGAAGAUUGUUCAUCCUGUGAAGUCUUAGUUCUUAACCACCAGUAUAAGUUGGACAGAGUAACUGAAGAUUGAUUGAGGGAUAUGAAAACGCCCACGUCUCCCUGGCAGCCUUGUCAGACCAAUCCUGGGGCCACAGAUCUUUGCACAUUGAGUAGUGAGAGGUUACAGUGACCUCCAGGAAGUCCAGGUGUUGGGCGAACGUCAAUCUCUGUCGAUCUAUGUUUCCCAGGAAUCCAUUCAUGGAUUAUGCCGAUACCAUUGAUUUCUACUGUGGGAAAUGACUGGUGGGGGGAGGCAUUCAAGAUGUGAUCGAUUCCAGAGAGUAGAAGCUGAGACAGGAAAGGAAGUUCUGAAAUUGAAUGUUUGCCAUUUCUUUCUGCAGUAAGGGGGGAGGGGGUACUCAGCUCCCAAACGAUUGUGUGGUGCUUCCAUGUGAAAUGGGUACCUCUCUCAUCAAACCUGCUUUCGUUAUAAGCUAAAGAUGUCCAGCAAUUCAGCUCUCUCUGUUUUGUGAAUUUAUAGGCAAUUAAAGUAAUUUCCACCUGGUGUACUUGCCUGGUAAAAGAAGUAGAUUAGUUGUAAUAAUGUUUAUAACGUUUCCAUGGAUUAAAAAAAAUCCACCUGA